AUGGCAGACAUUCAAGACGUUCACCAUAGACAGCCUUACAAUAGUUCUCCAGAAGAUGCCCGCGAGCUUGAGAAGGCACACGCCCUGAGCGAGAAAGGAGGAAAUAUCGAAACUCCAGAUUCCGAAGACAAUGAUACGACCGAGCCGUCCAGUGAUGUUCAUGGCAUCACGCCUGGGGACCCAUUCCCCGAGAACCCAUUGAUACCCCAUGAGGAGCACACCCUCACUAUUCGUGCCCUUGUCGUUGGCAUCGUUCUCGGUGCUAUCGUUGGUGCUUCAAACAUCUAUCUUGGUCUUAAGACUGGGUUCACCUUCGGCCCUCAGUUGUUCGGUGCCAUUUUCGGCUUUGCCAUCUUGAAGCCUUUGGCAAAGAUUAUCGGGGGGAUAGGGCCUGGUUGGCUUACUGGCAGCAAGAACUUCGGUCCGAAGGAAAAUGUCACUGUUCAGUCUGCUGCCACUGCCGCGGGUGGUAUUGGUAUCAUCUUCGUUGGCGCCGUACCUGCUAUGUACCGCCUUGGUCUUCUUAGCAGGCUCCCAGAGCAGGACACGGGCAAGCUCAUCGCUCUGACGGUUUGCGUUGCUUACUACGGCGCUUUUUUCGUCAUACCACUCCGCAAGUACUACAUUCUCAAGCAGAAGCUCGUCUUUCCUACUCCCACUGCAACUGCUUAUACCAUCCGGCAAUUGCAUUCGGUUGGUGGUGCAGUUACUGCUUCCAAAAAAGCCAAGAUGCUUGGUUAUAGCUUUCUUGCAGCGUUUCUCUUCAAAGUGUUGGCCACCUACGCUCCCGGAUUGAUUUGGGAUUGGCAUAUCGGGUGGACUAUGUACCGCAUUGGCUUCACUAGCAUGAUUGCCUUGGAUAAUUAUGGCUGGUGGAUUGAAUUCACUCCCGCUUUCUACGGCGCUGGUAUGCUGUCUGGAAUGAAUGCCUCUUGGUCUUUCUUUAUGGGUGCCGUCCUUGCGUGGGGUAUCAUCGCACCCUCGACCAUCGCCACUGGUGUCGCCGUCGGUAUCAACCUCGGCGUGGACAACCGUUGGUCUUAUUUAUCCCUCCAUCUCAAUGAUAUCGAGAAAUACUCCAAGACCCCGUCACCCCGUUACUGGCUGCUAUGGCCUGGUGUACUCAUCAUGAUUGUUUACUCGUUCGUGGAAGUCGGUAUUUCGUCGCGCCAUGCGUUCUACAAGAUGUUCGUGUCCAUGCGAUCUGGGUUUGGCAGAAUGUUCCGUGAUUUUGUUAACCGCAAUGAUCCUAACUAUAUCCGUGAAAUCGAGGAUGACGAUGAUCCCGCUCCCCCGGAGGACCGUGUUCCUUUAUGGGCAUGGUUCGGUGGUCUCAUCCUUUCUGUCAUCCUUACCUGCUCGAUUGUUGCGACAAAAUGGAAUAUGGGCGUUGGGGAAGCUAUUCUUGCACUCGUUUUUGGUUUCUUGUUCUCGUUUCUCGCCGUGCAGAGUGCUGGUGAUACCGAUAUCAACCCUGUCUCGACUGUUGCCAAAGCCAAUCAGUUGGUUUUUGGUGGCGUUGCCAAGGGUCAACACUUGGGCAAGGUUUCCGGUCAAACGCUCAACUUGGUGGCCGGUGUAUUGUCCGGGGGGGCGGCCGCUCAGUCGUCGGAUAUGACAGGUGAUCUUAAGACUGGGCACUUGCUUCGUGCUAAGCCAAGGGAUCAGUUCGUCGCUCAGCUCGCUGGUGCCACCGUUGCCAUAUUCCUCAAUGUUGGCUUAUUUAUCUUGUUCACAAAAUCCGCCUCUUGCAUUUUGUAUCCCCCCGAAGAUGGUGUGUGCUCGUACGGGGCUCCUUCCGUCAGUGCUUGGGCCGCUGUUGCCGCUGCGGUGCUCGCCAAGACACUUCCUAUCCCUCCUUCCUCUGGCUACACUGCUAUCGCACUCUCCGUCGUCGCCGCUCUUACCGUUUAUGCCAAACACUUCUACAUUCCCCGCAAGUACUGGGUGUAUGUUCCUAACUGGAAUGCCAUCGGUCUCGCAUUCGUCGUACCCCAAGUCUACUAUCCUCUUAUCAUGGCUGUCGGUGCAACGAUUAAUUGGCUCUGGGAGCGCAAGAGCCCGAGCUCGUUCGAUUUGUAUGGGUUCCCACUCGCUGCUGGUCUUGUGGCUGGUGAGGGUAUUGGCGGAGUGAUGAGUGCUAUUCUUGCUGUUGCGGGUGUGGAUGGGGGUACGUACGGCACGGCUAUUGGGUGCCCGUCGAUGCAGUUCUGUGGCUAG